GAUUUUAUAGUUUCGCAACGUACUUCGGAGUGAAAACGCAUUGUGCUGAAAGGAAAAGAAAAUGGCGGACAGUGUGGACAUAGAUUUGUAUGCAAAUAUUGAAGACGAUUUUAAUCAGGACACAGAUUUUGCCAACCAUGGAGACGACUUAUAUGAUGAUGUCAUCACAGCUGGCUCUAGUAGUGAGGGCAUUGAUAGGAAUACAGAUUCCAAGUCACACACGCCAAUGCUUUCCAGCACACAAUAUACUGGGAAGAAGUUCAUGUGCUAUGUGGGAAACUUAACAUGGUGGACGACAGAUCAAGAUUUGACUGAUGCAUUGACUUCCAUUGGAGUCCAUGACCUCGUGGAAAUCAAGUUUUAUGAAAACAGAGCAAAUGGACAAUCCAAAGGUUUUGCCCUAGUUGUGGUGGGCUCAGAGUCAUCCUCCAGGCAUAUAUUUGAGAAGCUGCCCAAGAAGGAGAUGCAUGGCCAGGUGCCCCAGGUGACCCCCUACAGUAGACAGGCUCUCAGCCAGUUUGAGGCCGCAGCCAGGAAGGGCGGUGAAGGACCUCCACAAAAUGGUGUAGGUAACAGAAAUCAGAGAAGCAAUCCUCGUAACCAGCCUCCACCCAACCAACAAGGGAAACCUGGAAACUUCCCUCCUCGUGGCAUGCAGCGUCCUCCUCCCCAAGUCUCACAAGGUCCACCCCCACCUGGACCCCCUCAUGGUGGCCCUCCACCCAUGUAUGGAGGACCACCCAGACUUGGUCCUCCGCCACAACUUCCUCCCCCUGGAGGGCUCCCACCCCCAGGAGGACCCCCUCUGAGACCUCCACAGGGACCCCCUCCACCAGGAAUGGUAGAGCCUCCAAGAAUGGGCCCUGGACCCCCUCCCCAUCUUCGUGGUCCCCCAGGUCCAGGUCCUGACCCCAGGGGUCCGCCCCCACCUAUUAGGCCAGAGUGGGAUAGACCUCCAGAAACCAUGGUUGUAACCAGUCAACCUCCACCCCCGGGGGGUAAGUUAGGGGAGAUAACUCCUAUUUAUGUGGUAUCAUGGGCCAUCUCUUCCUGCAUUUUGUUUGUAAUCCUUAAAAAGAGCAUGCCAAUCAUUUCCCCCCUGUGUUUUACUCUCAGAGUAGUGUUACUAUGGUUACUGAAUCUUUUGACACUUUACAAUUAUUGCAAGAAAUUUAUUUUGGCUGAGCAUGUGCACAUAAUCUCCAGUAGUACAAAAAUGCAACCUUUGGCCUGUCGCCUCCGUUCCCCCAACGCUGGGCCUCCACCCCCGCAGCCGGUCCCCCCUCCGGGUCUAAGACCUAUGGGACCAGGAUUCCCUGGUGGCCCUCCGUCACAGAUGCCACCCGUGCCUGGCCCUCCUCCUGGACACAUGCAAGCGCCAGCCCCCCAUGUCAACCCAGCCUUCUUCCCACCCCCCCACAAUCAAGCUCCACCACCAGGGCCAGCGCCUGGUGAUCCAUAUGGACGGGGUCCACCACCUCAGUCAUAUCCUAAUGAUCCAUUCAUGGGCCGACCUCCUCCAGAAAGUCGACAUGAGCCUCCUCCACCUGCUUUGAGUGAGCAAGAGUUUGAGGAGAUCUUCCAGAGAAACAAGACUGUAUCCAGCAGUGCUAUCAAUAGGGCUGUACAGGAUGCAAGUGCAGGUGACUUUGCUAGUGCUAUUGAGACGUUGGUGACAGCAAUUUCUUUGAUCAAGCAGUCAAAGAUUGCUGCUGAUGACCGUUGCAAGAUCCUCAUCAGCUCACUCCAAGACACCCUCCAUGGCAUCGAGGAGAAAUCCUAUGGAUCCAACAGUAGCAGUCGCCGAUCUAGGUCACGAGAACGUGAUCGUGACCGCUGACCGUGAAAAGAGGAGUCGUCACAGGUCCCGCAGAGUCGUGAACGAGAAUACCGAGAGAGGAGCAGGGACAGAGAUCGCUACCAUGAUGAGAGACACCGAGAGAGGGACCGAGAAAGGGAAAGGGAUAGGGGAGAGCGAGAUUACAGCAGGCGGCAUUAACAGGUUAUACAUGCUGUCCAAUGUGAUUUGAACCGAUUGUCCCAUGCUACAUUGAGUGAUUAGACUGUAUUGUCACAUGAUAUAUCUUGUGGAAUGUACCGUAAAUACUUGUUAAACGUCAUCGUCACUUCAUCAUCAUAUAUGGAUCAAGAGUUCAAGCUAUGGAUUACAGUGGAAAGACUCAAGUAUCACCACACUUCCUUGUUCCCAACGCCAUGGAAAAGACACUUGCUACAAUCAUGCAGCUUUUACUGAAAUCAUUCGUCGUCUUAUCUUCUCGUAGCAAGAAGGAGUUUUAACGCUUUCCAAUUGCUGUUGUUUCAUUUUCAGAAUAAAGUUCUUAGCUCAUAA